AUGACCGGCGAGGUGCUGCACGACAUGCCCCCGGCGGCCGCGGUCGGCGGCGGCAGGGCGGAGAUCGACACCUCGGCGCCGUUCGAGUCGGUGAGGGAGGCCGUCGACCGCUUCGGGGGCAGCGCCGCCUGGAGCUCCCACCUCGUCCGCCGCAUCUUCGCGCACCACCAGAAACAGGACCAGCGUGCGGCGGUGGGGGCUGAAGACGACGAGCAAUGCGUCAGCCUGGAGGAGCAGACCGCGCAGCUGGAGAAGGAGCUCGGGGUCAAGGAGAGGGAGACGCUCGAUGUGCUCAAGGAACUGGAGUCCGCCAAGAGGGUCAUCGCGGAUUUGAAGCUCAAGAUACUCAAGAAAACAAUUGAGAUGCUGCAACCUGCAGAACCUGAAGAGAAGCAGCCGGAGGUGCCUGCUGCAGAACCUGAAGAAGAGAAGCUGCCCGAGGGAAAUGCUGGAGCUGAUGUGGAGAUGUGUUGCUGUCUCGGUGAACAAGAGCAGCACCAUCACCCUGCUGCCUCGGUUCUCAUGGAGCUUGAGCGGGCAAAAUCAAACCUGAACAGAACCACGAGCGAUCUGGCUGCCAUAAGAGCCUCCAUCGAGUCGCUGCGCAACGACAUUCUGACGGAGAAGAUGCUGGUAGAGAGACGCCGAGAGAAGGUGUCCUCUAAUGCCACAUUGGUCUCCUCUCUGGAGGAGGAGCUGGACCAGACCACGCAGCAGGUGCAGACACUCAAGGAUCUGCAGAGAAGGCGUGAAGAUCCCUCGGGCAUUUUCAUCGAGAUCAAGAGGAUGACUUCUGAGAUAGAGCAGCUCAGGAAUGCAGCAAACGCGUCGAAAUUGGAAGCCAUGAUGUUGGCUGCCGAAAUUGAGCAGACCAAGGCUACCAUCGGCACUGCUGAAGUGAGAUGUCUUGCAGCAAAGAAGAUGGAAGAAGCAGCAAGAGCAGCUGAAGCUCUUGCGCUCGCCGAGAUCAAGGCCCUGCUUAGCAGCGAAGCCUCGGCUGAAGAUCUCCAGGGCACAGAUGGAGUGAGCCUUUCAGUGGAAGAGUACUUUGAGCUUGCUUCAAAGGCUCGAGAGGCCGAUGAGAGCUCAAGGAACAAGGUUGCAGCUGCCAUGGCCCAUGUUGAUGAAGCAAACCAAUCAAAGUCGGAAUCACUUACAAGACUAGAGAAAGCCAAAUUGGAGGUUGAGGAAUGCAAGAAUGCACUACAGGAGGCCCUGAAGAGGGUUGAUACCGCCAACCGAGGGAAGUUUGCAGCGGAAGAGACCCUUCGCAAAGGGCGAUCCGAGAGUGGACACAAGAGGCGCUCGCUCCGUGGCUCUCCCAGGUUCAAACAUGCAGCACAUCGUCAUAAAGAUUCUCAUUGCACGGAUAUCGUUGAUGUUUCAAGUAACUCCCUGAAGCCGACGCUGUCCAUCGGGCAGAUACUGAGUAUGAAGCUAAUGGGGCCUGAUGGGUAUGACAAAAGCGUUUCGGAUGACACGAGCGAAACUUCUAAUGUCUCCCUUGGUCAGAUCCUGAACAGGAGGCAGGCGAUCUUGUAUAACAGUGAUACAAGUGCUAACAAGAAAUUCUCUGGAAAGAGGAAGAAGUUUGCCUUCACUGGACUUUCAGUUUUCUUGGCAAAACAAGCUAAGAGCAAGAAGAAGAGAGGAUCCGAUUAAAAGUGAUGUUAACUUUGCAGCAACCAUAUUAGCUAGUUACUGAGUAUUGUGACACCUAUUUCCAUGUCCCAUGUUUCUGUAUAAUGUUCGUAGGAGUAUAUGUCUGUUUGUCCAUGUGUGUCAGGCUAGCGCUGACUGAUGUUGCUGAUUAGUCUAGUUAGAUUAGUAUCAUGCGCUCUAUGAAAAUGGAAGACAUCAGUUCAGUUAGCUUAAUUUGUAUCAUGACUACCCUCUGGACAUGAAACACAUCGGUCCAGUUUGCUUUCUGCCCUGUGGACAUGGAACUA